AUGGCUAAUAUCAACAACAGUAAUAGUGAGAAAAUAGAUGUAGCGUCGAUGGCAAGGAUGCGUCAAGCCAUCUCCGACCUACGUGCAAUUCAGGACCAGCGCUACAAUGACAGCAUAGCUAAUCAGCAACGACAACAACAGCAGCAACAGCAACAACAACAGCGACGACAGCAACAGCACCCGGUACCUCCCGCCCCUCAAAUGCCUGGUGCUUACUUCUCCGCAGCCGAACAACAUCCUGAACCUCCUCCCCCGCCUCCAGUUCCCGAUACCCGUCGCCCUCGGACACCUGACCUGAGAAGGCGGUCCAAGAACGCACGGGGAUUCCCAGAAAUGGAACAGCGUGGUUCAUGGGAGCGCCAGAGGCCCUCAUCGGGCGCAGCGGCAGCACCACCACCCCCGCCGCCCCCGCCGCCCGCACCGCCUCAACCACCAAUGUCGCCUUCAUUUUCUGAAGAGAGCCCUAUCUCCUCCUACACAGGCCCAGAUUCACCGGCCACCAGAACGGUGAGCUCAAGCUCGUCCUCUUCUCUAAACGAAGAGAAUGGAGUUAGGCAUUGGUCCAUAAGAGCAUUCGGUAUGCAGCUGAAUUCGUCCACAUCAUUGAUCCAAACGGGGGAUAUUACCAAAUGUUUCGGUCCCAUCAUGUCGGGUGUAAAGGAGCAUCUGGCCCAGGAGUACUACUCCUUAUUUCAUCUGGUGCGGAGUUCCAAGCGCCGCACUGUAUAUUCCACCAUACCCAUAACUUCGCUACAAAUAUACCGUUCGGGUUCCUGCCUCCAACUAUGUCAAAAAGGUCCCGAUCCGGAUGAAAUGAUAGCGUGGGCGAAUCUUCAAUUUAGUUCCAUCGAAAAGAUGGUUGUUUUUUUUUGCACUUUCCUUGCGCUUCGAGGGCAGGACUCGAGUAAACCAAUUUCGAAUAUUCCUGACUAUCAUUUAUGCGGCGAGUUUGAGGUUUUUGCUGGGAAAAUCGUGGACGACAAUUUCGCCCAUGCUCUUAGGGUAUUCCGGGACCACGAAACUAAAGCGGUGAGGCUACAAGCUACGGUCCUCGAUGGCGACUUAAAACGGUACGUCUAG